AGGUCGUGUUUUUCACGUUCUUUUGCAACAUUUCUUCUGUUAGGCACCUUGAGGGUUCUGUAACUUCGGUUUCUGGUUUCAGGUGGAUGUUUCACUCCUCCAUUUAGACUCUCUCUCUCCACCAGCCGACGGUCUCCCUCUGCCGUCGAAUCCCACCGCCGAUUGGCAGCAGCGACUCGGUCUCUUCAGCCUCUCAGGUGCCUCUUUCUCUCUUGGCCGGUCGGCCGACGGGGGGGCUGGUACACUCCCUUCCCCACCGGAAUCGGCUCACCGAAGUCUCUCGUCCAGCUCGACCUCUCUUCUUACUCCCUCAACGGCUCCUUUUAGGGGUUGGUAAACUCUAACAUGCCACUACUGCUAUUUGUUUUGGUAGAGAAACAGCAAUGGAAAGAGGUGAUCCUGCUCAAGAUAACUAAAGAGAAGCAGGAAGGGGAAGAAGUGAUCUGUUCAAGAUAACUAAAGGUUUCUUCCAACUUUUUUCAGGUAGAUUUCUCGAUUUUUUCACGUCAAUGGUGCUUGUAUUUUGGUGCCUCACUUGUUCCAUGUCAACAAAAAGGAGUCUAGGUCUCUAAUCGAUGGAGGCACAUGCGAAUAACAGACAAAGGAAACAUGUUCUCCUGGCAUCGGGCUGUAGGGGUAGUAGUCAGCUAGGACAUGGUGAUUCCAUUGAUAUUAGCUUGAAAAGUGAGUUACAUGAUCUGCCCCAAUCCAUGUUAAUUGUCAUCUAUCAGGUUAGUGUUGAGGGAUGGGUGAUAGUUUGCUGGUUAUUGAUGCAUAUCAUUAUAUUUAUCACUCGUACCUCAUUGGCUAAAUACAUGUUGACAUGGAAAUUGACCAGUCAAAUUAUUAAUGAAGUGUGGCCGAGUGAUUUAUCUCAUAAUUUUAAAAUCCAUGCUUGUGACUAAGAUAUUUUGGUUUUCUGCUUUUCCAGUUUCACCUAGAGAUGAUAUAUUAUUUCUCAGGCAUUGGUUCAUCAAGUUCCUCAAGAACAAGAAUAGCGACCUCUUUAUUAUGGAAAGAGCCAUGCAAGUGAGUUGUGCUGGGCACUCUAGCGGAGGUCUCGGGCAGGCAUGGUUUGGGUUUGCAUGAUUUCUGAAAUGGGAAGACAAAACAAAAGAAAAGGAUCAGAGAUGCCAGGCUUUUCUUCUGGUCUUUCUGCAUACUCGUGUAAUUCGCCAACUUCUCCAGAUGCAUCAGGAAGGCAUAGUAGCUGACCAGGUUGUAUGCUGAUUUUGCUUUCCAUAUUAGAGUUCUCUAGCCAUACACAUAUUCUGUCAACUGGCAUUUCUAUGUGACUUGUAUUACUUGGUAACCAGUCAACCUCUAAGGCAAAAAGAAAAGAAAGUUUUGGCAAUUUUUGGGCCUUUUCUUUAUUGGGGCUCACUUUGUUCUUAUUUGUACUGAAGAAGAUGGUACGAGAGAAAAUGAUGCUUCGUAGCUGUAAUCUUCGAUGUUUGUCAAGUUUUUGUUGGACUUCUUCAUUAAUUUCAUCAGUUAGAGAGUUUUCUUCUGCAAAAGAACAUGCUGGAACAGCAGAUGAUUACUGGAAUCUUUUGAAAGAAAAUCGUUCUAAACCAAAUAUAGAGAGAUACCUGGGGAACAUUAGAAAAACUAUGGUCUCUUCUUGUGUCCAGAGAGUACUAGCUAAGUGUGGCAGUGAAGAGUCAAUGCUAGGUCUGAGGUUUUUCAUCUGGGCAGGUCAGCUGCCCAACUAUAGGCACACUCGUCUACUAUAUAGAAAUGCUUGUGAUGUUCUUGAUUUGAAUCAGCAUCCUGAAUUGUUGAUCCAGGUCUUAAACAGUUACAGGCAAGAAGGAUGUGUUGUUUCCAAUAGAACUUUUAAGGAAAUGCUUAGUCUCUGCAAGGAAGCGAAACUUGCAGAGUCGGCUUUGGCUCUGUUAAGGAUGAUGCCAGACUUCAGUUGCAGGCCAGAUACAGUUUCCUAUAAUGUGGUUGUUUCUCUGUGUAGCUGCAAAGAUAUUGAUACUAUGGAGAGUUUGGUUCAAGAGAUGAGCACACAUGGGAUUCAUCCAGAUAUGGUGACUUACAUUGCUUUGAUAAAGGGGUUAUGUAAGAGGGAACGAUGGGAUGAUGCUCGGCAUCUUCUGGCAGAUAUGGGAAACCAUGGAUGCGUACCAAAUCUUGUUGUCUAUUCAGCACUUUCUGAUGGCAUGUGUAAGGCAGGGAGGCCAGAAAUGGCUAUGGAAUUGAUUGAUGAAAUGCAGAAAGGUGGCCGUUUACCUAAUGUCGUGACAUAUACAUCCCUGAUUCAGAGCUUUUGUGAACGUGGGAGAUCAAAGGAAGCAAUUAAGGUUUUUGAUCAAAUGGUUGCCAAUGGGUGUUUCCCAAACAGAGUGACACUUAUCAUAAUGUUCAACGGUCUUCUGGCUGAAGGGCAUCUAAAGGAGUCUUUUACAUUGUCAGAAAGGUCAGUCCAGAAUGGAUAUUUGCCCUGUGACCAAUGCUACAGUUUGCUGGUGAUUGCACUUCUACGGUCAGGUAACAUGGCAGAAGCAGAAAAGCUUGUCACUGGAAUGCUUGAAAAUGACAAUAGACCAAGUGGUUUAGCAUGUAGCACUUUAAUUAGAGAGCUAUGUGCAGCAGAUAGUUCACUCGAUGCCUUUUUAUGGUACGGUAAAAUGGAUAGUCAGGGCUGCUUUCUUGAUAAUGAAGUCUACUCCGUUCUAUUGUUGGGUCUGUGUAAGCAAAAUCAUAGGGCUGAGGCUGCCAGAUUGAUUAAUGCAAUGGCCAGAAAAGGCAUCAGACUGACAGCUUCUUAUGUGCACUGUAUUACGCAAAAUCUGGACAAACAUGCGCAAAAUCCUCUGGAUGUGCAUCAUAUUGUGGAUAAGGAGGGGCAGUAAUAAAAUCUUAAGAGCAAAUUGAUGGUUUUGUUAGUUUGUCCAUAGUGGUAUUGGUUUCAGUGUAAAUGCCACAGUUGUAUAACAUGGGAAUUGUUUAGCAGCAAUGAAAUUUAUGCAUCUACUUUUCAAAAUGUAUGAUGUAUCGUACUUAAAUCUCAUAAAUAAGGUGUGAAACAAGCACCAUAUUGUUCAUAUAUGGUGAGCUGAUGGA